AACUAUGGCAUCUAAACCGUUCUCAGAAGAGGAUUUCUCCUGUCCUGUGUGCUGUGAUAUCUUCAGGGAUCCUGUAGUCCUGUCAUGUAGUCACAGUAUCUGUAAAGGCUGUCUGCAGCAGUUCUGGGAUACUAAAGGAUCCAGAGAAUGUCCAGUCUGCAGGAGGAGGUCAUCAAAGGAACGUCCUCCGCUUAACCUCCACUUAAGGAACCUGUGUGAGAUUUUCUUACAGGGGAGUCAGAGAGCUUCAGCAGGGUCUGAGGUGCUCUGCAAUCUGCACAGUGAGAAACUCAAGCUCUUCUGUCUGGAGGAUAAACAUCCUGUGUGUGUUGUGUGCAGAGACUCAAAAAUACACAAACACCACAACUUCAGUCCCAUCAGUGAGGCUGCGCCAGAUAUGAAGGAGGAGCUCAAGAUCAAACUGGAGCCCCUAACAAAGAAAUUGAAGACCUUUGAAGAAGUUAAACUCCUCUGUGAUCAAACAGCAGCACACAUUAAGACUCAGACUCAGCACACAGAGAAGCAGAUGAAGAUGGAGUUUAAGAAGCUUCAUCAGUUUCUACGAGAUGAAGAGGCAGCCAGGAUAGCUGCACUGAAGAAGGAAGAAAAGCUAAAUAGUUGGGUGAUGAAGAAAAAGAUUGAGAAGAUGAGCAGAGAGAUCUCAUCUCUUUCAGCCACCAUCAGAGCCAUAGAAGAGCAGAUGGGAGCUGAUGAUGUGACUUUUCUGCAGAACUACAAGAGCACACAGUGCACACUGCAGGAUCCAGAGAGGGUUUCAGGAGCUCUGAUCAAUGUGGCAAAGCACCUGGGCAACCUGAAGUUCAGAGUCUGGGAGAAGAUGCAGGAGACUGUUCAAUACACUCCUGUGACUCUGGAUCCCAACACUGCACACCCUCGACUCAUCCUGUCUGAGGAUCUGACCAGUGUGAGAAUUGAUAAGAGGCAGCAGCUUCCUGAUAACACAGAGAGAUUUGAUUACUAUGCCAGUGUCCUGGGCUCUGAGGGCUUUAACUCAGGGACUCACUGCUGGGAUGUGGAGGUUGGAGAAAACACACUGUGGGAGGUGGGUGUGAUGACAGAGUCGGCCCAGAGGAAGGGAGACUAUCUCUCCAUGAGUGGACGCUGGUGUGUGUUGUAUGCUGGUGCUACAUAUAGUGCAUGUGCUCUACCUCAUGCCCUCACUGACCUCACAGUGCAGCAGAAACUCCAGAGGAUCAGAGUGCAGCUGGACUGGGACAGAGGAGAGCUGUCAUUCUCUAACCCUGAUAAUAACACACACCUACACACUCUCACACACACUUUCACUGAGAGAGUGUUUCCAUACUUAAAUGGCAGUGUAGAGUCUCCUCUGAGGAUGUUACCAGUGAAGGUCUCAGUUAGAGUAGAGCAGCCCAGUUAGAGCUGAUGGUGUCUCUGUGUGGACCAGAACUGAUCAGCAUGAGGAGAUGAAUCAGUUAGAGGAGACUCUGAGAGAAAACACCACUGUGGACUGAGAGAAAUCACCAGCAUCAGACACACACUCUUCUCCCAUGGGAUCAUUUGACAUUCAUUGUACACUCUCCACAUUUUUAAUGUUGUGUAAUAACAGUUUUGUGACAUGUAAUGACGUAUGCAUCCAUUAGAAUUCUGUCAGCACCUGAUCAGGUGUGAGCAAUCAGGUGAAGACUGUCUGAUGGUCUCGUAGCACCCAAAGGCUGUUGCACUACCACUGCAAGGCCAGCAGGGGGCAGAGUGCCACAGCAUAGCAGGCAUGAUGAGGGGGUGGGAUGAGAGGCAAAGACACAAUGGGGCAACAUGUACAGUGUGUUGAUGAUGACCCUGCUCAUAGGCUUCAAUGUAAAUUCAUCAAUAAUAAAUGGGACACUCACUGUUUGAGACGUGUGGAAUUAAUCAGAAAUAAAUAUAUUCUAU